AUGGGUUGUCUAGCAUGGCCCUAUCAACUUCUCUUCCUCCAAUUAUUCCUCUUUUAUUCUCAUACUUCUGCAGCACUCUGGUCUCAUCACCAGAGUUCUGCAUUACUUCAGUUCAAGCAACUCUUUUCCUUCAAAAAUGAUUCCUCAGAGUAUUGUAUCAUUUUUGCAGAUGUUCCUUCUUAUCCAAAAAUGAUAUCUUGGAAAGAGGAUUAUGAUUGUUGCUCAUGGGAUGGUGUUACAUGUGAUUUGGUGACAGGUCAUGUGAUUGGCCUAGACCUUAGCUGUAGUUGGCUUUCUGGCAACAUCCCUUCCAACAUUAGCCUUUUUCUUCUUCCUCAAUUGAAAAGACUCAAUCUUGCUUUCAAAGAUUUUAAUCUCUCUCCAAUUUCUUCUAAUUUUGGUCGAUUGACGAGUUUGAGACAUCUUAAUCUCUCUACCUCAAACUUUGGUGGUCAAAUUCCAUCUAAGGUCUCCCAUUUGUCUAAAUUGGUUUCACUUGACCUUUCGGUCGUUGGUUACGUCACAGGCAAUACGAGGCAUACUUUGAUGAGUGAAAACGGUUUGAUAAUUGAAAGAGAUGUUUUCGACAGGCUAGUUCAAAAUCUGACAGUGUUAACAGACCUUGCUCUUGCAAUGUUGACAUGUCUACCAUUCCCACUCGAGUUUUUGGAUGUCUCUGACAUGAGCUUUUCAGACCAAUCACCUAAUUCAAUCAGCAAUCUCUUUUUCUUGAGGGGAUUGAAUCUCAGAAACUGCACACUCGUUGGGUCAAUUCCUGCCUCUCUUGGCUACCUUACACAACUUGGUUAUUUGCUUCUGUCGUAUAAUAAUUUGAUUGGUGAAAUUCCAGAUAUUUUUGUCAACUUAAGACUGAAUGGCUCUAUUCCAAGUUCAAUCUUUGAAAUUGUGAAUUUAUCCAUUCUCGAUCUUUCUUCAAACAAUUUAAGUGGAAUUGUAGAGCUUCACUUGUUCUCAAACCUAAAAAACCUUGGAUUGCUUGAUCUUUCUUAUAAUAGCCUAUCCAUUAACACUGCAUUCAAAGCCAAUUCGUCCUUUCCACAACUUUACGAUUUGCACUUAUCUGGUUGCAACUUGACAGAAUUCCCAGGUAUUUUAAGAAGUUUAAACCAAUUACAGGAACUGGAUCUUUCUGACAAUAAAAUCAGGGGUCAGAUACCUAAUUGGAUGGGGGAUGUUGGAAUGGAUACUUUGCAAUUUCUAAAUCUUUCCCACAACAACCUAACCGGCAUAGACCAGCUUCCCUGGAAGAAUCUUCUCCAUCUAGACCUUCGGUUCAACUUGCUCCACGGAUCACUUCCAGUUCCACCACCUUUCUUGAUAAAAAAUAAACUCUAUGGCACCAUUCCUGGAAAAUUUGCAAAGGGCAGUCCUUUGAGGACCUUUAACAUCAAUGAGAAUGAAUUGGAAGGGCCAAUCCCACAAUCUCUAGUCAAUUGUACGAUGCUUCAAGUUCUAGAUAUUGGUAACAACAAGGUAAAUGAUACCUUCCCCUAUUGGCUAGAAAGUCUUCCUGAGUUGCAAGUUCUGGUCCUUCAUUCAAAUCAAUUUUACGGUUCUAUAUGGGGUUGCUCAAAGACGAAGCACUAUUUUCCAAAGUUGAAAGUAUUUGACCUCUCAAACAACAAAUUUGGUGGUCCAUUGUCAGCCAGGUAUUUCGAAAAUCUAAAUGCCAUGAAGGAUUUAGCAAAUUUAAAUUUUCUUGGAGUGCCAAACUUGUCUCAAAACCAACUCACAGGGCCCAUUCCACGACUACCCCACUUUGAUACCUUUGGAAAUACUUCAUACGCGGGAAACCUGGGAUUGUGUGGAUUUCCAUUGUCAAAAGAAUGCAAAAGUGAUGAGACACUACAACCACCUUCAAAAUUAGAAGAUGAUGUAGAGUCUUCAAUUGGAUUUGGUUGGAAAGCGGUGUUGAUGGGCUAUGGAUGUGGAAUGGUUUUUGGAUUGAUCAUGGGAUAUCUUGUAUUUUCAACAGGAAAGCCUCAUUGGAUUGUAAGUAUAGUCGAGGGAGAACACCGUCGAAAGGGGAGAAGGUCGAACAAGAAACGUGGGGGAAGAAGGGGUUAG